UUCACAGGAAACGGAAGUAAACGGCUACCGUGGUGGGUGCGUUCUAGAGUUGAAAGGUUGAUAAGAUGGCUGCACCGACAGGAGGCAUAGGGGGCCUGAGCUCUCUGGGAGCAGCAGAAGCCCUGUCUGUGGCUGAGGCGCUGUCCCUUCCUGCAGAGGCCUAUGGCAAUGAUCCCAAUGUGGAGAUGGUUUGGGCCAUGAAGGCGUAUCAGCAUGCAGAGGUGUACUUUAAUCUUAUAUCCUCCGUGGACCCUCACCUCCUCAAACUGACCCGCUCAGAUGAUCUCAUUUACACCGCAUUUCGAGGAAAAUUUCCCCAGCUCCGUAUUGAUGUUCUGGAUCCUGAAGAUCUAAAGUCCCCAGCAGCCAAAGAGGAAUGGCGUCCGUUCUGUAUGCAGUUUGAGAGUCAAGUUGAAGAUUUUAAUUAUGGCACCUUGUUAAGGCUGGAUAGCAGCAAAGAGUAUUCUGAGGAAAACACCAUCUUCUCGACCAGGAUCCAGUUCUACGCCAUAGAAAUUGCACGUAACAGGGAAGGAUACAAUGAUGUAAUUUUCCAUCACAGGUCGACAGAAGCAACCAAAUGAGACAAUCUGCAGUUAUUGGCACGGCACAGACCAUGACACUGGGGAGUGACAGUGGUUUAAUGACAGGCAACUGGGGCCAGUGUCGCGCAGCUAAUGUCCUCAUAUAAUGAGCAGAGCUAUCUUUUGACCAUGUAUGACAGUACCAGUUAACAAACAAUUCAAUUUUAUUUUCUGCAGAUACCACUAUACACUCAUUUGGCAAACAGUAAAAUACCCAGAAUUCAUUGCUGCCACAACAGACUUUAAAACCGCUUCAGACCUAACAAGUGCUGACAGAGUAUUUGACACCUGUGGUGUGGGGUUUUUCUUUUAUUUUGGUAAUUUUAAUAAAAUGCAUGUAUAUUUACAAAUA